AUGAGAAGACUCUCUGCUCCACAAAAUGAAAUUGAGACUGUUUCAAUAUCUGAUUUAGAAAGAGAGAGAAAAAGAGCACCAGAAACUUCAGUUUUGGUCAGUCAUAUCAACCAUUUAGACCAACAAAUCGAGUUUUCGGGAAACUUGGAGCAACCCAUUUCCAUUUUAAAAAUUCAAAUUGCCUGUAUUUGUGACAACUUCCAGAUUUUAUACCAUGGAGAUCACCAAGUCUAUGGCAGUCCUGUUAACGCGCUUCAACAGAGUCUCGUACCUUUCACACUCACAAUUGGCGAAUUGGAGGAUAUUCAGAACUGA